UUAAGGGACUUAGGUCCCAGAUGCUGCCCAAGGCUGAAACUAGGCCUUGAGUCUCUUGUGUUGAGAUGUGCUAGAGAAAUUCUUGAUCCAUAAAAAUUUUCAAGGAUUAAAAACAAGUAUCAAAGACAUCAAAAGAUGUGACUUCAAAUAAAAUUCAAAUAAAUUCAGUCCAAAAAAAGUAAUUAAGUUCAAAUCUCUUCAGAGGCAACUUAAGAUACGAAUAAAUUAUAUAGCAGAUCCCUUUGAAGUGCUUUGGGUGCAAAACGUAGGGCUAAUAUGCUGUGUGGAUUUAGGAACCUUGUUCCGCAGAACGUAGUGCCUGCAAGGAGAGUCAUGGGGACAUAUAUGGCCCCACACAAAUUCCUAGGCUGUUAACUUGUUUCACUUCCAGUGACGUCUCACAGUUGCAGGUGCUGGGGUGCUCUGUCACUCACGUCAGCCUCAGCAGCUUACCUGUAUUCUCGUGUUUCUAGAGCUAGAAAAUUCCCUAUGACUGCAGCCGUUUGAGUUAUUUCAACCCUAAGUAUCUUGGUGCACUUCCUUGGUCAUGUGGAGCCCCUUUAUAUUGGCGUAAUAGUUAAAAGCCCUUUUUAUCAAGUCAUUACAAGUUUGUGAGUACAAUAAUGGUUUUUGAGGAAAAGCCUUAAGCAAUUAAACUUACUGGCCAAUUUCUGUCAGAAUACUACCAGGAACAAUUAAAAAGUUAUUUAUCCCCAAGGGCAUCGAACACCCUUUGCCAACAGAUGCUUUGUGUAAUCAAAGACGAUAGAUUGGAGACGGGCCAUAGUGGAUGUCCCCGGGGCUCAGCGGCCCGUUCCCGGGAUCCCUUGGACUGCUGGGCCUGCGCUGUGCUGGUCACGGCCCAGAAUCUGCUGGUGGCUGCCUUCAAUCUUCUGCUGGCGCUGGUGCUGGGGACCAUCCUGCUACACGCUGUCACUAUGCUAGGCUUUGGCUUCCUCUGCCGCUCCCAGUUCCUGCACUCCCAGGUACCCCCGUGCGCACCGCGUACCGUGCACCUGCGGGACCCGGGCUUCACAGCCCUGCUGGUCACCGGAUUCCUGCUCCUGCCGCUGCUCGUCCUUCCCCUGGCCAGCUACCGCCGCCUCUGCUUGGGCCUACGCCUGGCCGACUGCCUCGUGCCUUAUAGCCGAGCCCUCUAGUGGCGCCGGCGCUCCCCGCAGCCCCGGCAAACCCGGGCCGUUCCAACCUCAGGAAAGGUCUGGGUCUGAGGACCCUCGAGCAAAGCAAGAACAACUCUUACAACUGCCUGUCGGCCCAAGAACUUGAAGCCCGGAGGUCUCCCGACCUACCCUGUCCCGACUUCUGCCCCAAACGGGUCCUAGCAACCCCUUGGGGAACAAAACAGCAGCAUUUGUGAAACCAAAACUGGUGAAACUUCACCACACCCCCAGAAAUCCCACUUUCCCCUCACUACCCAUAUUUGAAUCCUGAACAUGUGGGCUGGACCCUGCACCCACCCCCCAAGUCCCCUGUGAACAGGACACUAAACUGCGUUGGUGCCCUCUUC